GCACCUGUACUCCUCCUUUACUUAGAGAUCUAAAUGUUUUAAGUUCACUGACUUUAUUCAUUAUUUAAGUUGUAUGUUUAUGUUUAAGUUUCAUUCAAAUCUACUCCCAUCUGAAUUAAGUAAUUUCUUUACUCCUAUACCUUAAUGGCACAAGUAUAAAACGAGACUGGCCACCAGAUCUACAUUGUGCAUUCCUUAGUGAGAACAAAUUGUGGUAAAUUUAAUAUUCCUUUUAAGGGAGCUCUUUGGAAUAGUAUUGAAAAUUCUCUUAAGAGUCUUAGUUUUCGCAAUUUUGCAAAAAAGCUACUCUCAGUUCAUAUAUUUUUUUCUGUACCAAUAUUUCCUUCCUCAAUUAAAUGACUUAAGUCUUUGUGUGUUAUUUUCUUUACAAAUAUUUUAUGUUGUGCCUCCAUGUAACUACCUCUUUUAUAUUUUGAAAUAGUGUACACAUAUAUAAUGUCUCCUUGUUAGAUUUUAACUUUUUAGUUACUUUUUAGGGGUCUUGUACGGUACAUAUUAUUAAGUAUUGUCUUUUUUCCCUUUCUUAAUAAGUAAUUCUUGUCUUGUCUUGUCUAGCAAAUGAUGAAAGCCUAGAUAGAGGUGCUGUACUUUCUCCUCCGGAGGAAGACAAGAGUCAAAUCAAGAGUGGAGACCCCAAGCAAAAACACAAAGGCAAGCAACCCUAUGAGUAUGAACGUAAGAAUGUUUGUGCAAAUGAUGAGAACCAGUUUUAUGCAGUUACAAGUGAGGUAGACCUUGAUGAAGUCAAUUAAAACCCCUAGGUGAAAGGCUGGAUUCCCAGGCUGAAGAUGCGGAUGCAACCAGAACCAGCUGUAUGACAAAAGAACAACAACAGUAUCAACGUAAUAUUGCCACUGAAAAUGAGGAGGGCAGGACUCAAGCUGGGAUAGAUGAAUUAGAAGUGGCCCAGAGUGGUAGCAAAAGUGGAACCCCAAAUGCAGGUGUGAGUGUAACUGAAGAGAAGGACGAAAUUCCAGCUAAGAUUACUGCAGGGGAACCAGAAAUAUCAACUGUUAAAAAGAACGGAUACCUAAGUGAAGGUACGUAAUGUGUGGGUGUGUGUCUCUGGGUGACAAAACACAUGUUCCACUUACUCAAUUAGGCUGUUGUGCUGGCUGAACUUUGCUUCGGUAUUUUGCAGUUCUCCAAAUUCCUAAUUUUGGCAUAAUAUGGGCCUGGUGAGGUGAUAUUCAAUAUCCAAAAGUGUCAUAUGUUCUUUAAAGAACAUUUGCCACUUUUUGAUAUUUCUUUAUUGAAUAUCACGUCAUGAGCUAGUGAAUUACAAGUGUCACACACCCCUGACGGUGUUUCCGCUUAACAUUCAUAAUAAGGACUGCUGCUGUGUAGUGAGUAUAAAUAACAAUUAUUCACCGAAGUGGAGGUGAAUCAGUGAAUAGUGCAGGAUAUUCACUGAUUGAGUAGCCAAUCAGAGUGUGCGAAAACACUAUCCACUGUUUUAGUAUAUACUAAUAAUAAAUAUUAACAAUUGUGAUAAAUAUAAAGAGAUUCAUUAAGAUAAAAGAUAGAGAAACCCAGUCAAGAUGAGCAAUUAAUGAUGCUAAAAAUAUUUUAGCAGGUCGAUUUAUGGUUGUUUUGCCACAUUUUCUACUAACACUGGUUGUAUAAUAAAUGGUUUUAAUGUAAAUUUUCCAGAUUAGACAUUUUUGCGAAAUGCAUCGGGCCGUUAACCCCCUCAAGAACUUUCCCCCCCUCAUCAGACCAUCCGUACUUUUUAAGGUGGGACUAAUGCAACAAUAUCCUUUCUUAUUUAGUCAGACAAGUGUUAAAGGAACUUUUUCAAAUGCUGCAUGAUGCAGAAAUGGCAAAAAACAAGAUGAAUCUGUCCACUAGCCUAGAACAGAUUGCUUUGGACAAGGGUUUCAGAGUUGUGAACAAUCGAGGACAGGGAAAUUGUAUGUUUCAUGCCUUGUCCGACCAGCUUAACCUUGUGAUGAGAAUUUCUGUAUCCCAUGAACAACUAAGACAUGCUGCUGUUGAUUACCUUAGAAGUGAUGAAGCUGCUGCUCUGGUUAGUUGCUCUUUUUGUUAUUAUCUGCAUGUAUUUCCCAUCUUAAUGUAUCAACAAGACAAUUCUGCGAGCCAUGCGAUUCGUGGCAUGUGAAACAAGACCCUUGUUAUAGUGGUUCAUUGGGCUGCCGACUGCGCAAUGUAUAUUUAUAGUUCCCACAAUGCAUCGCGCAGUCGUUGUUGGUAGAUAGUCUGUGUCGCGCGGUUGGUAGAUUAUACUUUUUCCAGCUUGAGUGUAUAACUACUCCUUAGUAUCCCGUGAAAUGGGAUAGAGAUAUGUAUACUGUCAUUUGAAGUUGAAUGAUUGUCUAGGUUAAAUUAGUCCUGAACUGUCACGAGUAGUCACUAAAUAUGAACCCCAUGCAAAAAUGGUGUUUUCGUUGAAAGUCUGUUUGCAAGUGAUUGGUUUACGAAAUACGUUUUGCGCUUACGUCGAGAAAAAUGGGUACCAUUUUUAAGUCGGCCUGGCAGAGUAUAGUGACUUCUACAAAUAUGAAUAAAAAUAGGCAAGUUAGCCAUUUGAAAAUAUUAACUAUUGGCUUUAAUUUUUAACUGGGACAUUUCCACAACGCAUUGCAAUAAAUUGCAAUAACACAAGAGAGAAAUUUGCUGUCAUAUUUUGGGAGAGAAAGAACUUAUUAAACGCUUUGAAUUUCACAUGAAGUGAGUGGAAACGUGGAACGCGAUUCAUCCUACCAUCUUUUGAAGAAGGCAUUGAAAAAAGCGCCAUAAAAUAGCUUCAGAGACAUUCUCAUUCAAUGAAUUCACAUACCGGCACACAAAGGGAGAUUCGCAAUCACGUUUUGAAAGGGAAAACACUUAUUAAAAGGUUUAAAUUUCAAGAUGACGUGAAGAAAAACUUCAAAGAAAACUUCGUCGUGGAAUCGGUUUUUUUCCUAUUUUUUGAGGUUUUAAUAUAGGACUAAUACCUUCACGCAAGAAUGUUAUUUUUCGCUAUAAGUCUGUUUGCAAGUAUUUUCUUUUGAAAUGACCCACCCUCCCCUCAAUAAUUAAAAAAGGUCCACCAUCUUAGGGGGGAAGGGAACCGUAAAGUGAUUCGUCCGCUAUUUUGUCUGUUAGCUGCAAAGACGACGGCCUCCAUUUUUCGAUUGGGCUUUGCCACAGGCGGCCCAGUAAAAAUAAAGUUUAAAGAAAUUGCAUGAAAUAUGUUUUCUGCUUGGUUCCCUGUGGGUACGUGAGGUUUUGCCCCUGGGAUAUUUGCAGAAUUGCACAGUCUUGGUCGACUUUCAUCGACUAGGGUUAAGCGUGUAUUUUACUUACUAGGGAUAAUAAAAAAACUAAAAAACGCCUUUUGCCGAUUUUUUCACCUGAUUUUACAUUAAAUAGCCAGAUUUGGUUGUUUUAAGUGAAAAUUACAUGUACAAUGGUUAGCUUUCAGAUAUUUUUUCCAUAGGAUUACUUUUUCGAUUGUUUGCAUUUUGUUGCGUAUGGCUCGCUGGCUUGCACUGUGUCCCAACUCACAGACCAAUUUAGCAAGGUGUUGUUCAACUCCUUUUUGUGGAGAUCUUAGCAAGGCAGAGAAGCCCAGUGCCACUCAGAGAAGUCGAGUUCUAUACAAGUCUAAGUUUUGGCAAACAGUUCUUUUUAGUAGAACGAUAUCAACAUAGCAACGGCUGUGAAAUGGAGGUUUCAACUUUGUUAAGCUCUUUAAUUUUCAAACUGCCAGAGAACAGAGAGAAGAACUAUACAGUGUUGUUCUGACGAGACCUUAACUGGGCACUUAAUAGAGUGAACAUCAAAUAUGACUUUCCAUUGAAGCUCAUGAUUAACACAGUAAUUGCACUAAGUAGGACUAUGGGAUUAGCAAAAGCAUGAGGUGCUUCUGAAGGAGCACAAGAAUGAACUAUCUGGUGAUCGCUUAACAUUCUGUUAAGUGCAGUUGCUAAUUUAUGUAUAAUUGGUUGGUCAUGACGCAACUUUGGAGCUGUGUGGUUGUCUCGAUAUCUCUCCUCAGCAACCUCUACAACUGGAAUAUAAGAUAUCACCUUCGCGAUUCGGUGCGUUUUCACUCAAGAAAUACGUUAUUAUCCUCUGGAAGUGGCUCUUUCAUUUUUUGAUUUGAGCUUUUUCCUACGCACCAUACCUUUCACCUCUCACCGAAUUUCGGAAAUCAGAAACUAGACCAACACAAAGCUUUCAAACCUGUUGCUAAAAACCAUAAACGCUGUCUCUGCACCAUCUGUUUUUGCAUGACACGGCUUUUUUGACUCCAGUUAAUUGGACUUGUCCAGCCGAUCAGUACCACAGCCGAUCGGUCCCACAGCGGAUCGCUGGGGAACAGUUUCGUCCACUAACAAUGCCAGCAAUACUCCGGAUCGAAACCCACCAACCAUGAGUGUAGCCUGCGAGCAAGCUCUCCUAUUUGGGCAAGCGAAGCGAGAAUCGCGAGAACACGCGAGCGAGGGGCGUUCUCGCGAGCCUAGUUUCACUCACCCAAAUAGGAGAGCUUGCUCGUAGGCUACCAUGAGUGAGGUUCGUGAUUCACCAAUUACUAGCAACCGCAGUGGUACAGAUAGUCCCACUCAGUAUAUUAACAUUAUUGCCUGAUGAAGACCUGCGGUACGCGGUCGAAUCUUUGCCAUCAAUAACCGCUCCCGGUUAGCUCAAUUGGAUAAGCGCCGGUUUGCCGAGCAGGAGGUCGUGGGUUCAAACCCCGGCCGCACCAACACUCAGGGUCUUAAAUUAACUGACGAGAAUGUGCUGCCUUUGUUGUGACAUCUACAAAAUGGUUAGACAAUCUAGUUUUCCCGGAUAAGGACGGAAAACCAUACGCCCCGUCUCACAGCUCUUUCACUACUCUGAUUCUUGUGGGGCGUAAAAGAACCCAGACUGCUGUUCGUAGACCCUGGUGCUCUUGCACAACCUUUCAUGGACUGGGUUGCUAAUGAAGGGGUUGAUAUAAAUUGGGACGUUAGUCCUGUUUCAUCUCCUGUCACCGUGUUGAGUCAACGUGACGAAUUCAAUAAAGAUAAAGAUAAAGGGCGUCGUGAGACAAACGAUAAAAUGAACCCUUGGGGUUUUGUGCACAUUACCACGAUGGUAGUAUCUUUCAUGACAUAG